AUGGCGACUAAAGCCGAAGCUGGCGACACCAACUUCACUAUAUUUAUCCGCUUGCCAUUUCCAAGAUAUCAGUUUAUUGAUCCCCCACCAGUGGAAUGGAAUGCGAUAAAGGACCAGGCGUUGUGGGACAUUUUGUCCCGUCCAUCCAAGGGAGAUAAUAUUGAUUGGAAAAUUCUGGCCGAUAAUUUCCAUGUUACUUUGCCAUUCUUACUUCAGCAAGCAGCAUGGUUAUAUGAUCGACAACUAUCCCAGGUUCGAGCUCAGAUGCGGCGGUUUGACCAAACUGCACAAUCAAACUCACCUUCACCCUCGGCUGCUUCCGGCUCUGUGACAGGCAGUAUGGCCUUGGGGGGAUUGACAUCAAAGGCCAGUAAUCACGGUCGGCGCACGAGCUCUACUUCGACAACAACUAUUAAUCAGUUUCGUGGCUCCCGUGACCCUUUUCGAGCAGAGACUCCUACAACAGAGAGCAAUCUGAAUGAACAACCACGCGAGUCGUUCUCAUAUCGCCCAUCAACCAAUAAACGAGACCAACCUCCCCUAGCUCCACUUCCACAUUCUUCUCCACUAGCAGAAGCGGAUCUUUCAUCAAGCUCUUCCGAUUCCGACUCGGAAAGAGAUGCGAACUCUGCAGCACAACGCUUUCGGCGAUUUGAGGAGUUCUCCAUGCACCAGGUUGGCCUGCGGGAUGAUGAAAAUGACGAGGAUGACUUGCCUGCAUUCCUGCCAAUUACCCGCGAGUUUGAGAAUGGUCGUACGGAUCGCGCUGGUCAAGAGCUCAGCACAACGGUACGUCUAGAUGCAGAACGUGCGGCAAUGGGUCGUCGGCAUGCUGCAGCUCGACCUAGCAAUCAUCCCGCUGGCUCGGAAUCAUCUGCUAGCUCCAUGAGCUCUGGUGCUCCGGUCGUUGUUCGGAAUGAAAGCUCCCGAGCAGGACACGCAUCUGGUACUUUAGGCUCACCGCGAGUGGGUGAUAUGCCUCGAAUACAUCCUGCCAAGUCAAACAAUUCCGGGAGGGGCACAAGUGACGGGACCCCGAGCAUGGGGAGUAGUUUUAGCGACUUGGAUGACGCUAGCGUGACACAGUCCGCGUUGGAGGAGGCCCUUAUGAGUAACAUGCAACACGGAGGAAUGGCAAGUCGGAUGAGUACUAUUAGCCAAGCUUUGCGUAGUCGUUAUUUGCAAUAA